GCACCUAAACAGUGAACACGCCCUGGAUGACCGGAGCACGGCCCAGUGUAGAGUCCAAAUGCAAGUCGUACAGCAGCUGGAAAUACAACUUUCUAAAGAACGUGAGCGUCUUCAGGCGAUGAUGGCCCACUUGCACAUGCGGCCCUCGGAACCCAAGUCAUCUCCCAAACCACUCAACUUGGUGUCCAGCAUCACCAUGUCCAAGAACCUGCCCUCAGCAUCGCCCCCCAACUUACCUCAGACGCCCACCACGCCCACAGCCCCCAUCACCCCCAUGACUGGCAUGCCCCAGGUGCCCUCAAUACUGGGAGGAGCCAACGUCCCCAGCAUGGGAGCCAUGCGCAGACGCCACUCGGACAAAUACUCCAUGCCUCUGUCGUCAGGUGGUGAAACAGUAUUUAUUUUUCCGGAGAUCGCCCCAAACUACGAGUUUUAUAAGAACGCAGAUGUCAGACCGCCAUUUACUUAUGCAACCCUCAUAAGACAGGCUAUCAUGGACUCUGCCGACAUGCAGUUAACGCUUAAUGAAAUCUACAGCUGGUUCACACGCACGUUCGCCUACUUCAGACGCAACGCUGCGACUUGGAAGAACGCUGUGCGCCACAACCUCAGUCUGCACAAGUGCUUUGUGCGUGUGGAGAACGUGAAGGGGGCGGUGUGGACGGUGGACGAGAUGGAGUACCAGAAACGCAGGUCGCAGAAGAUCACAGGGAGCCCGUCACUUGUUAAGAACCUGCCCUGCAGUCUCGGCUAUGGAUCGGCGCUAAACGCCAGUUUACAGGCUGCCCUGGCAGAGACCUCCCUGCCCCUGCUGGGGACCCCCGGCCUCAUGAACAGCGGCUCCACGGGCCCCAUGGGAGGCAGCUGCCACGGCCUCCUCGGCGGAGACCCCUCCAUGCUGAUGGGCGGGUGUCAAGGACUUUUGGGCGGAAGCCCACCAGGACUUUUGGGCGGCAGCCCCCCAGGUAUGCUGGGCUGCAGCCCCCCCACCCUGCUGCAGUCCGCCCAUGAGGGACUCAACGGGCUUUACGACCACCUGGACACCAACGGACACGGCAGCCCCGGAUACUCCCCCCCAGUACACAUGUGAAGUGUUUUUAGGAAAUGAGAGCCGCUCAACAUGGACGACGAGACUGUCCGAUGUCCACUGGUGACGGACAGCCAAAAUCACAGUCCAGAGCUGGACACGACGCGGGAGCUGGAGAAGGGAUACUUAUCAGAGGACCCGGAGUGACUAGGAUAGCCGUUUUUCUGGCCGAGUAGCCCUCCGCGCGCCGCCGCGACUGGUUGCUCGCCACGACAGACUGCCUUUGGACAUAGAGUAACGGAAACCACUCGCACAGUUCUCUGCGUGGGGUCUCGUCUGAGCUUUAUUGAGCCGAUGGCAGUCCGGAUGGGAGACUGGUCCAAAGGAACUCUUUUGGCGCGGGCCUUUGGAACGGGGACAAGACAGGCAUGAGAUGGGUGUCUGAUAGAAAGAGAGAAUUCGAUUAGAGAGUGCGUGGGCCACGUACGAGUACAAAGGAGGAUGACUCAAGGAUACUGGGAGAAAAAAAAACAAAUCAGUGUUCCGUUGAAAAAGCUAGCGCCUAGUUUAUACGGCCAAAACAGAAGACGGUUUGAUGGUUUGUGGAAUAACCCCCCCCCCCCGCCGUAGUAGUUGUUCAUGUCUAGAGACGAUUGCUGGUUCAAUUCAACUUGUUGCUCUGUUUUCAUUUGCACAGGAGUAGUCUCAGAAAUCCGUGUCACUGCCUGUAUGUUGCUACUAUUAUGAAUAACAGUAUAUUAUUUUUAGCUUCUUUUUCUUUUAACCAUGGUUAAUUUCAAAAUCUGACACCACCAACUGUAAAUGCCAUUCCCUGAAUCACACCGGAAAUAACGGAAAACUGCGGAUCCAAGACUGUUGUUGCAGCUGUCCAAAAAAAAAAAAGAGAAAAAAAAAAAGUUGGCUUCCAGUCUAUUAUCUGUUUGUGGUUAAAAGUAAAAAAAACUGGAAAUUAAGUUGGGGUAAAAUUACUAGUUUGUAUAAAGCACCAUUUACAAAACAGAUGCAUUUCCGCAUAAUUUCCCUCUUGCUGUCCUCUUUACCUCCUCGUUCUAAAGCUUUGUCUACCUGCAAACAGUCACAGGCAACAGCUAGAAACCAAAGCCAACACUAGCAAUGGCCAAUAGCUUAUAAACAGAAGCCACCAAACUCCUCUUGGUCCGUCUUCUGCGACUUUAAACUAGUACAAAGAGAAGCUUUCGUUCCGCAAACUACCUUCGAAUAACCUCUGGGAUUGUUUCAUUUAGCCCGAUACAAAGAUGAUCACGAGACAGAAAGAGAGAGGGGGGAAUAAAUGCUGAUUUUGAUGUGUAAUUUGAUUCAUAGAGCAUCCACGUUGGAGAUUUUCUGCCAGAAAUACUGUAGCUAAAAAAAAGGUGAUGCGAUGUUGGUGACCGGUAGAGAGCAGCUAACUGUAAAAGUGGAUCAUGACCAAAACAAAACAUUUGUGUAUUCAAUGGAAGUGCAGAAACAUUGUGUUGUUGUGAAGUUUCUUUCCCUUUUUGUUACGCAUUACACUUUUUGUUUUUUAUUUCCAUGAUUUUUUUCUAACCUGGUGAAUUUGUAAUGUUCUAAGUGGGACUGUCAAAAUAAUGUCACGUCUUAUUUCCGUGGCGGUUUUCCGAGGCCGCGUCGAAAAACUGAAAACAUCGCUAACCAAACAUGAAAAAUAUCUAGUGAAGCCAAAUAAGUCAUAAUUUCAAGUUGAUAGGAAAUGGCUUGGUUACCAUGUGAAAGCAAAUAAUAAUAGCCAUUGCAGAAAAGGAUAUCUAAGGUGAAGGUGGUAUUUGCUUUAACGUCAUCGAAUACCCAUCGUGUGGUUCAUAGCUUCUAAACUAUAUAGAUACACCUGGUGUCGGCACUGAUGUACUCUGUAUGGGUAACCAGCUUUUUAUAACACACUUGGUAUUUAUAGAGACUAAAGAAAUAUAGUGCAUCCCGUCAUUUCCCUCACAGUCAUCUAGAAAAGUGUUGUUGCUUUAAAGGUCAUUUCUGUUUUCAGUAAACCAAAGUUACACAAAGUUCUGCCUCCUCUUGUACGGGAUAAAGAAAUGCUAAACCAACCACACACACACACACCCUGUCAGAGCCUAGCAUACAUGUGCGCGGACACACACACACACACACACACGCAGAUCCUGAGCUUUUGGUCUGCCCACCUCCUCGUUGGGUCCGGCUGCAGAGGAUGCUGUCAGAGAACCAGCGAGUGGCUUUGCAUUGUGCUGUAAUGACCAAAAUGGAAACACUGUGCAUAGUUUGUUUUCAAGUGUUGCGCCGAGCCCAGGGAUUGGCUGUAAGAGCUUAACACGCUGACACGUGCAGUACUCUACAAACACGCAGCAUGUAAAGUACACACACACACACACACAUGCCAGUACCACGUCAAGAGGGCCCAGGAACAAAGCUUAUCCCUUCAAUACUUUAGCUGGAGACAACAAAACGAGUUGAAGACGACGUUCUUAAUAAUCUUACCACACCAAAUAAAAAGGACGCUGCGUCUUUAAAAAAAAAAAAAAAAGACAAAAAAAGGGUUCUCCCACUUACCCAAAAAGGCUUUCUAAAAGCUUCUACCUCUGCACAACAAAAAUUCAGAACAAUUAUGACAGAUUGCACGAGUUAUUAGAGCGCCACAAGAGCUGUUACACUUUGCUUGUCUCAUAGGACGUGGCUCAAACCAACGUUUACAUUCCCUGCGUCAAGAUAUGGAAGAUUUGCAUUGUAAUAGGUUGUCCUCAAACAUUUGUAGAAUGAUAAUGUAUAGAUUACCUGUAAGGGAAUAUUGUGUUUUAAAAAUGCAUGUCUAAAAAUCAUUUGGUGGACUGGAAACAAGAACCAAUAAAAAUAAUAUAAUAAAAAUCAUCGGGACGAUGGCCUAAAUGUACAAUGCAUAGGAGUGCGUUACCUCAGAUAUACUGUUUUGGGAGGGAUGAAACCUGUCAGCCACAGAAUGCAUAUUACCUGUAGAUUUGCAUGGGUUUUGUAUAAAUUAAGUAAAAAAAAUGUCUAAAAUAGUUGCUUGCACAUAAUACCAGAAAGACCUCCAGAACUGCGAUCUGCUCCUCCACUAGAUUUUAGGAUUGUCUGGAUUUUCUGGGUUGAUUUUGUCUGUAUUUUGAUAACUGUGCAUACUUAUGUAAAAAAAUGUUGGUGGACCCAUAAAUUUACCAGACUUUUUUCUAAGAGGAAAAAAAAUCUCAGUGUUUCUUUUCUGACUUACCUGAAUUUUUACUGUUUCUCUCUCAUUGCUCGCUAAGAAUAGCAAACCUGCUUUUUCUGCAUCUGCUUUGCGUAGCUGUAAGGCUUAACCUAAUGUGUGUAUUUAUUGCUUGUACCUCUGUGCAUACUUUAUGAAGCAUUAUGUCUGGCAGUUGAGUCAUGUAUCCUUUCUACUGCUAUCCUUCUCUAAUAAUUGGGAAUAUGAUCCCCCUAUGUAUACAGUAAAUUGGGACUGUAGCAAACAUAUGUUUAUGUAAUUGGUGAAAACUUUUAUGUUUUUCUUUCAUUUCCUUUCGAGAUUCAACUACUUUUUUUGAUACUCUUCAUUACUGUGUACUGUGUCCAUACGUUAAAGGUUCUCUGACAUUAGAAGGUCAUGGUUGAGAAUUGUAACAGACGUUAUUAUUUUCUGUAUUCAUGGCAUUUCACUGCUGAAUAAAAUAAAGGACCAAAACUUGGAAU